AUUUAAAAAACCUAAGCACUCAGCAAUUUAAUGAAGCAAAAAAUGAAGCUUUAUUUGGACCUUUUGUUGGUUUAAAGAAAGUACAAUCAAUUAUGAAUUCACCUAAUUUAGUACAUUCAGAAUAUGGCAUUAUUCAAUUAGAUGAUACAGCUGCACAAUCAAUUGUUAAUAAUAUUAAUCAUUUUUUAAUGGCAAAAAAACUUAAUAUAAGCAAUAUGUAUCAUAUGAAAAGUGACGGGGCUAGUACAAUGAUUG